UGCCAACCGCCAAAAAACACGUGACGGUGGGACGUCAUUCUAAACAGAGAGCCAAGAUGGCGGCUGACAGUGAUCCCGAGUCUGAAGUGUUUGAAAUCACUGAUUUUACCACCGCAUCGGAGUGGGAGAGAUUCAUAUCCAGGGUUGAGGAGGUGCUCAAUGACUGGAAGCUGAUUGGUUGUCGUGUUGGGAAACCACCGGAGAAGGGCGAAUACACCAGCGGCAGCUGGGAAGAGACGUCUCUAGAGAUUAACUUUGCUGAUUUCAAGUUCUCCAUUACACAUCACUAUCUGAAACAGGAGUCGACAGACAGUGAAGGCAUAGAUGAACCAGAGGAAGAUGCGUAUCCGCUGGCCAUGCAGGACCUGCUCUGCAUGAACAAUGACUUUCCACCUCGAGCGCACUGUCUGGUCAGAUGGUUUGGCAUGCGUGAGUUUGUGGUGAUUUCUCCUGGAGCGAACUGUGAAGCCAUCGUCAGCGAGUCCAAGUGUAACCUGCUCCUGAGCUCCGUGUCCAUCGCUCUGGCAAACACAGGCUGCCACGUGCCGCUGUUUGUCCAGAUCCAGCAGAAGUGGAGGAGGAUGUUUGCGGGCGAGUGUCAGGGACCCGGCGUUCGCUCGGACUUCGAGAUCGUGCAUCUGCGUAAAGUGCCCAGCCAGUACAACCACCUGUCCGGUCUGCUCGACAUCUUCAAGAACAAGAUUGGCUGCCCACUGAUGCCGCUGCCACCCAUCAACAUCGCCAUUCGCUUCACGUACAUCCUUCAGGACUGGCAGCAGUGCUCGUGGCCUCAGCAGCCGCCAGACUUUGAUGCGCUUCUCACUGGAGAGGUGGGCGGCGUGGAGUUUGGCAAACUUCCUUUUGGAGCGUGUGAAGAUCCCAUCAGUGAGCUGCAUCUUGCAACAACGUGGCCGAACCUGACGGAGGGAAUCGUUGUGGACAAUGAUGUUUAUUCCGAUCUGGAUCCACUUCAAGCGCCUCACUGGUCUGUUCGAGUGCGGAAAGCAGACAACCCGCAGUGUUUGCUGGGUGAAUUUCUCAUGGAGUUCUUCAAACUUUGCUGUCGGAAGGAAACCACCGAGGAGAUUCUGGGGAGAAACUCGGUUGAAGAAGAAGGGAAAGAGAACAGUGACAUCACUCAAGCCUUGUCCAAACUGACGGAGCCGGCCGCUGUUCCCAUCCACAAGCUGUCCGUCUCCAACAUGGUCCACAGCGCACGCAAGCGCAUACGGCGGCACAAGCGCGUCGAGGAGUCGCCUCUUAACAACGACGUGCUGAACUCCAUCCUGCUGUAUCUUUUCCCAGAUGCAGCUUUGGAUAAAACAGACAGUAGUGAUGUUAAAUCCACACAGCCCAGCCCAGGGGGAAAGACUGAGCCGGACAAAGACUCGGAAGAUUACCAUCUCUAUAAUCAGCUGAAAUCGGCUCCGUGUGACAGUCUGACGUACCGUCUAGCCUUGUGCAUGUGUGUGGUGAACUUCCAUCACGGAGGCGUGCGUGCCGUCGCUCACCUGUGGCAGGAGUUCGUGUUGGAGAUGCGCUACCGCUGGGAAAACAACUGUCUGAUCUAUGGACUGGCGAGUGGCCCUCCUGAUCUCAGGUGUUGUCUUCUUCAUCAGAAACUGCAGAUGCUGAACUGCUGCAUCGAGCGAAAGAGAGCAAGGGAUGAUGGGAGGAAGAACGCCGCAUCAGACGCAAGCCGAGACAAAAGCCGCUUGGCGCCGGAGAGCGCCGGACCUGCUGAGGUUUCUCCCGGGAAGUCGUGGGACUCGUGGAGCGACAGUGAAGAGGAGUUCUUCGAGUGUCUGAGCGACACGGAUGAGAUGAAGGAGGCGGACACGGAGAACGAGAAAAAAACAGCCAAUAAGAGCAAAGCAGAAGGUCGACUGCAGCCACACGGCAAAAUCACACUCCUGAACUCACAGGAGCUGCUCUACAUCCCAGUCACACAGGAGCCGGCGCCCAUGACUGAAGACCUGCUGGAGGAGCAGUCGGAGGUACUGGCCAAACUGGGCACGUCGGCUGAAGGUGCGCAUCUCCGUGCCCGUAUGCAGAGCGCCUGCUUGCUCUCAGACAUGGAGUCCUUCAAGGCAGCGAAUCCAGGCUGUUCCCUGGAGGAUUUUGUGCGCUGGUAUUCCCCGAGAGAUUACGUGGAGGAGGAGGUGAGCGAUGAGACGGGCCAGACGGUCAUUCGGGGCGACCUAAGCGCCCGCAUGAAGAUCCCGGGGAACAUGUGGGUUGAGGCCUGGGAAACGGCCAAAGCCACUCCGGCACGCCGACAGAAGAGGCUGUUUGAUGACACCAAAGAGGCUGAGAAGGUGCUGCACUACCUCUCGGUGCAGAAAGCGUCUGAUCUGACGAGGCAUCUGCUGCCCUGUGUCCUACACGCUGCUCUUCUCAAGAUAAAGGAGGAAGAGUCGACCGAAGACAUCCCGUCCGUGCGUAAGGCGCUCCAGCAUCUCACGUCUCACGCCAGUAAACUUCUGCGUCACCCCAGUCCCGACUUCAAGAAACUGGAGGAGGUUAUUAAUCAGAUGAGUGCGGUGGAGGCCGUCGUUGCGAUCGCACGCUCGCUCAAGGCCAAGUUUGGCAUCGCUAAAGGAGAGCGGAUGGAAGAUGGUGAUGAGCUGGAGAGGUUUGUGAGCUGUUUGCUGGAGGAGCCUGAGGUGUGUGUGGUCGGUGCAGGUCGAGGUCCUGCUGGAAGCAUCAUACAUAAGCUCUUCGUCAGUUCUCAACGGUUGGCCGACUCCAGUGACGAGGCCGCCCUGUUGGCUCCGAUGGAGGACGACACGGGCCGUUCGGGAGGAACGGAUGACAGGAAAGCGGUUCCGGAUUUUCCGCCCCCUGCUGGACGGGAGAUUCUCCUUCGGACCUGCGUUCCUCGACCCGCGCCGUUCUCCAAAGCCCUGCCCCAGCGCCUCUUCUGCGUGCUCACGCGGGACGAGUUCAGGCUCGCCGGGGCCUUUUCAUCCGACACCUCGUUCUUCUGAGCGCACCCGGGACGGCUCGGUUAAACGCCGCACGGCUUUAGUGAAAUCAGCGAAUGGUAAUGGUGUCUCCUGCUGUUCUUACAGAGUCAUCGGCAGUUUCCGGAUCGGCCCUCGAGGCAACUGCUCUUCUGAGGGUCUCGUAACCUUCGCUUGGAUGUUGAAAUGGUUUUAUAUCUGGUGGGUUUUCACACAUGCUAAUAAUAUCCGUUCCCCUACUGUGUGUUUGAUGAGGAAAGCUUUAGAUUGACUACUCAAUGCUUCGCCUUAGGAAACAUCAUCAGAACACACACACACACACACAAUUUACUCACUGACUAGUAGUAAAUAAAAAAGCUGAGCUCAUGUAGCAUUUAGCAUCGGUGUAUCGGUCUCGGAUCGAGACCUUUAUAUGUAUAUCGAUUCGCUCUUGUGCUGCUUGUUUUUCCUCCGCCAGUCGCUUUCUGCUAAUGACAUUAAUGUAUUAGUCUGUCUGAUGAUGUAUUGUCAGUCUGUGCUAGUAUCUGUCUCAUGCAUUUGACCAGAUCUAAAUGUCAAACCAAUAUGAUCGUCUGCAUUGUGUGAUUGUCCUAAUUCAGUCGCAGAUUUGACUUGAUGAAAAAUAAUAAAAUGUCUGAACAUAA